UCGUUACGUCAAUCAAGUCAAAGUGUCAAAUUGUUAAGUGGGCUUCUGAGGUGAUGAUGGUUCGAUAAAAUAAUAUUAAGAAAAAAAUGUUGAUUUUAGAGUGUUUUUAAAAAAGUUUUAGAUGGACAGUAACGUAGAAGAAGGGGAGAAGAUGAAGGCGAAGUCGUCGAAAAGGAUGGUCGGAAUGAUCAUUAGAUCAAGAAAAUCAAUUGCUAAGGAUGCGGUUGUGACUACGUCCGGGAUCGGUCAGCCGAGCCUAUACCAUGCCCUGGUGGUUAUUUUCCUGGAGUUUUUCGCGUGGGGUCUCCUAACCAUGCCCCUCAUAUCAGUAUUAAACGACACAUUUCCAGACCACACAUUCCUGAUGAACGGCCUCAUAAUGGGCAUCAAGGGGAUCCUCUCCUUUCUGAGCGCGCCCUUGGUCGGAGCGUUGUCGGACGUUUGCGGCAGGAAGUUGUUUUUGCUCAUCACCGUGUUCUUCACGUGUAUUCCUAUACCCUUAAUGACUAUUAACACGUUCUGGUUCUUUGCCAUGGUCAGUAUUUCCGGUGUGUUCGCUGUGACUUUUAGUGUAGUGUUCGCUUACGUUGCGGAUGUUACGGACGAGAGGGAGAGGUCCUUGGCUUAUGGGUUGGUCAGUGGUACGUUUGCUGCCAGCAUGGUAAUUUCACCGGCGCUAGGAGCGUACUUAAUGGAAAGGUGGUCAGUAUCACUAGUAGUCGCUCUCGCCACAGCUGUAGCGAUAUUGGAUGUAUUUUUCAUCCUGGUCGCAGUUCCAGAAAGUUUACCAGAGAAAGUCCGUGUAUCACCCAUCAGUUGGGAACAGGCUGACCCUUUUGCAUCACUUCGAAACGUCGGACAAGAUCCUACCAUUCUACUGCUGUGUAUUGCCGUAUUCUUGUCAUAUUUACCCGAAGCAGGACAAUACAGUUGUAUUUUUAUGUAUCUCAAAUUAGUGAUGGGUUGGAGUGAUCCCAUGGUAGCUGUGUUCGUUGGGUUAGUGGGCCUGAUGGCUGUCAUAGCCCAACUUAGUUUAGGUAUUUUAAUAAAGAAUCUUGGUUCAAAACAUACCAUCAUGUUGGGUCUUCUAUUUGAAAUGCUCCAACUGUUAUGGUAUGGUUUCGGCACCACGACGUGGAUGAUGUGGGGUGCCGGUAUAUUAGCUUCAAUGAGUUCCAUUACUUAUCCUGCCAUUUCUGCGUUUGUGUCAGUUCUUAGUACUCCCGAUCGCCAGGGAGUUGUUCAAGGUAUGGUUACUGGUAUGAGGGGUCUUUGCAAUGGAUUGGGUCCCGCCAUGUUUGGAGUAGUUUUUUCUAUGUUCCAUGUUGAUCUUAAUGGAAAUAAUAAUAACGCAGAUGCUACGCAUUCUACUUCAUCAUUUGAAACAUAUUCUCAGCUUGUGCCUGGUCCACCUUUCGUCUUCGGAGCUUUCCUAGUCAUAUGCGCCCUAUUCGUAGCUUCAUUCAUUACUAGUAAAUCUCAUGUUGAUUCUGGUAUCCCACUGGAUACACACUACGAAAUCGAACGUGGUCAAAAAGUUGCUGGCACCCUCAGUCCGCUUAUUCCCAGCAGAAGCAUAGACGCAGCAAUACUGUAAACGUUAGGAUGUGUAUACCUUAGAAAACAGAAAUAAAAUGACAAUUUAAGCAGGAAUCACACUUAUCUAAAACGCAGAGAUCUCAGAUCGACAUAUAUUUUGAAUAAUUGUAAAUAAGCGUGUGCGGGUGAUAAACAAAGGUCUCUGGAACGUUUUAGAUCAGUGCGACCCUCAUUUGUUAAUAAAGAUUUUUUUACUUCAAAAAUAAGCUUACGUCGUUCAAGAUUGCUGACGUCAGAGCGUGGACAAAACAGAAUAUGACUUUUCAUCAUGUCCAUGCUCCUCCUACAGUGAGAAGCUAGGCAUCAUUACUUAGGUCAGAGGUUUUUCAUCGGGCAUUUCAACAUGCUGUCAAAAUUAAAUCAAUAUGGCGGCUGGGAGGCAAACAUAAAUGUUAUUCUAUCAGUUCUUAAUAUGUUUCAGAUCAUUUUAGUUGCGUUUCUUUAUAAUUUUGUGUCGUACAAUGAUUAAUAACAUUUUCACUGGAAGAAUUUAUUUAAAAAGAUCAUAUGCCUCAUUUCUGUUGUGUUUUGAAGUUUUAAAUGCGAUGUAUUCGUGAUAAAGUUCAGUUUUAUCGGUUAACAUCAGUGCUACAUUUUAAAAAUAAAACAACUAAAUAAGUUAUCAUCUGAGAGACAAAAACAAUGAUUAAAUGAUAUAAAACGUCCUAUAAACAUGCUAAAUAACUAUGUCUAUGUUACUUACGCUUGGAAAACUGUCUCCACCGUAGGUUAGUUCAGACCCCUUGAGGGAAAAUGGACCUAUAUUAUUUAUUUUGCCACUCUUUUGCUUGUACCUACUAGCAACAUUUGUAUUGUCUACCAACAAAUGUAUAUGCACUCAUGUUUAUUUAUUCACUGCUUAAAACUAAAUAAAAUCAUUCAAGUACUUCUACAACUAAAAACUACACAAAAUCUACAAAAUGUUCGAAAAAUAUAACUAAAAAACUGUUUACGGUUAAAAACUUAAGAAACAUGUGGUACAAAUAAUAUAAACAAACACAAUGUUUGACAGUUUGCCUACCAGCGUUUUCAUAAAAGUCAAAGUAGUGGAAUGCCCUAUAAGUCGGUUUAUUCCACGCAACAGGAAAUGACAGAAAGUGACUACUGCUCUGAUCACGGAUUGUAUUAUGAAAUUUGAUGUUAUCAAAUAAAUAAAAUGUAAACUGUUAGUUAUACUUUAAAAUUUUGGUGCAAAACUACAGCUAUAUUUGAAGUAUAUAUAGCAAAAUUAGAAAUAAUAUACUCUAAAAAUUCAAUAAAAUAUUUUCUUUUCGUCUUUUCUUUCACUUUUGCGGAAACUUAAACAAAACCAUUCCUUAACUGCGUGGACGAGGUUAACUUUGUAUGUAAAUUAAUGGGAAAAGAAAAAUACACUUACCAUAAAAUUGCAAACUCCAAUAGGUAUAAAAUUAGUUGUGAAAACAAUUGGUUGUGUAAUGUAAAUAACCUCUGCUUUAAACAGAGGUAAAAAAACAGGGCAAAAACAGCAAAAAAUCCAACAAACUGACAGACAUUUUGCUGACAUUGAUGCUAGAUAACAAUUAGUAUUUUAUGUCGCCAGGUGUUAAUAGGGCUUUUCAUUCACAGUCAUUUGUUUCGAGCUUCUGUCAAAUGUCGUAUAAUCCGUGUAUAUUAAUAUUAUACACAGACUAUACAACAUAUUACAGAAGCUCGAAACAAAUGACAAUCGAUGAAAAACCCUAUAUCGCACGACUAAAGAACCACGGACUCGACUGUAUAAUUUUUUAUUUUAAUUAAUGAUGUCAAUAGAUUUUCAUUAUUUGCCGAAAUAUGAUUAUUAUAAUAAUUAAUUAACAACAAUAUUAUAAUCAACAAAAUAGAUCAUUUAAUAUUUUUAGGCUAAAAAUGACAAAUUAAUGUAAUGAAUAGUAUUAAAUACGAGUAGAAUAUUGUAGGUAUAACACGAUUGUUUAUAAAUAAAUAAAGGCUUUGGAUUCUUUUACCUAAAUUAUGUGUUCACAGGUACUUUAUUAUUAUUUAUAUUACUAACCUGACAUAAUACUAAAAAAUAAAAAAAUACUAAAGUACAAUUUUAUUUAAGUACAAUAUUUCAUUCAUAUUAAAUACUAUUCAGUACAUGCAUCUGUCAUUUUUAGCCUUAAAAAUAUUAAAUGAUCUAUUUUAUUGAUUAUAAACUAUAAUAUUGUUAAAACAUUAAAAGGGUAAACCCUGUAGUUGGCUGUAUACCUUUGUUAAGACAACGUAGAAUGAAGUAAACACUUCUGUUGUAUAUAGGUAUAUUAUAAAUUUAUUAAAAAAUUUUUAAAAUUCAUCCACAAGGGAGUGGUUGUACAAAACGUUUUCGGUCAAACUGACCAUCCUCAGUGUAAACCUGGAAAUAAGUGAACCACUUAGAUUGAAAUGCAAAAGGGUGAAAUUUUGACAGUUAAAAAAGAAAAUGUGGUUACUUACGUCCAGUGUACAAGUAAUUGAAACUAGCCACUUGAAUAGGUGUAAAACCUCAAAAUAACAUUAUUGCUACAUUAUGAGCUGUAUAGUAAUCGACAAUAAGUCGAUGUCUUAAGAUUAAAAAUGUAUCACAUGUGGAUGUAUGUCAUCCUUGCUCGGAAUUAGCACAAGGUUGUGAUCAGGUGAGAGGUUAACAACCAACUGAUUAGACAGAUUGGUGCCUGAAAAUUCAUGACAAGAUGUCAAAGAAGAUAGGUGGAUUUCUCAAAUGUCAACCGAAAAAUUUUUGACAAUGUGCAUUAAUAUUUAACUUAAUUAUUCAAUUGUGAAUAUGCAACUAUUAAAUUUGUUUGAUAUGAAUUCUAAAUUGUAAAUAAAGGUUAAUAAGCUAUAAUGAUAUAUUCAUUAGUGCACCGUAAACAAAAGCAAAAUUCUACUCAUAUGCUGUGACGUCAUAGACUGUUUGUCUACUGUAUAGGACUGAUAAUAAUUAUAUUAAUUUGAGCAAAGUUAUAAUGAAUGAAUAUUAUUGAAAAUUAUAUAGAAAAUUUUUAAAAUUUUUUUAUCAAAAUAUGAUAUUUUAAUAGAGUAGCAGCUGUAGAAUUGGAAGAAAUGCCAAUAGGGAAUGGUCGGUUGCAUAUGUUUCAGGGAACCAACGAAUAUAAUGAGAAAAUACCAAUCUAUAGAUCUGUAAUGUGAAUUAUUGGAGGUAUUAAAGGAAAUGAUAUUAAAAGAGGGAAGUGGAAUUGAAAAAAUGUAUGUACAUAUCUUAAUCAAGAAAUCUUCUCUAAAAAUAUUUUGUUAUGACUGAAUGUAAAAAGUUUGUCCCAUAUAGAACUAUUGAAAAUCUAAAUUUAGAAAAAUUAUUAAAAAAGGUGAUAAGGUAAGUUGCCUAUGUUCAGUGGACAAAUAAAUGAAAUAUAAUUACUGUUUUGAAAUUAAAUUGUGUGAAUUGUUAAAUGGAUAAAGACUGAUAUUAAAUUAGGAAAACUGCGCUGAAAGAAAUGUACAUGUUUUGAUCAAAGAAGAAAAUUAAUUUUGAUUGUAAGCUCUAAAUGUAAAAAGAAUAUGUCACAUAUUAAACUAUUGAAAUUCUAGAUUGAAUAUUGUAUUGACCAAAGUUGAUAUUAAGUAAAUUUAUUAAAUGUUGAUAGCUGAGAUUUAUUUUUUAAUUUUAAUCUAAAUGAAAAAUAGAGUGAAUCAAUUAAAAUGUUGGAAAUUCAACAAAAUUUUUGGUUAUUGUCUAUAUUAGAAUGUCAUAUCCGAAAAGAUCAAGGGUUCCAUGGUGUGAUUUUGAUAUAAUGAGAAAAUGAUUUUGUUAAGUGAAAAUAAUUAAAGAAUGAGAUGGAAGAGAUAGAGUCUUGACAGGAGCACAGAGUGAAAGAAACUGGAAGUACUAAAAGAAUAUUUGAUUAGGUAUAAUGUUUGGGUUUUUUGUUUAUUUUGGGUUUGUCGUGGUAUGUAUAGGAAAGAAGGCCAAUGUGAAGGUGAAUAAAAAUAUAGAAUUAUGGAAAUAAUUGUCUAUGAAUGGGGGUGAAAUCACGGUUAAGAGAAAGUUGACGGUUAACACAGUUUGGACUUGUCCUUGCGUCCCUGACAAUCUCUAAAUCCUCUUAUAGGUCUAAACGAUGGGUAUUCUUAUCUUGGAUGUUAUGAAUCAAAGUCACACCAUCUGGGAUGUUAAGGUGGUGUUUGUUGACUUUGAGAUGGUGAGAGAAAGCUGAUGUAUUGUCAUAAUGAUGAUGUAAGGUUUUGGCAACGCUCUGACGUCAUAAAUCUUGAAUGACGUAAACGUAAUUUUGUAGUAAAAUAAUCAUACAUGGUUGUUGACAAAGUGUUUUAUUUUUUGAUGUUCUUGGGUAUUUUUUUCACUGUUUCUUAUAUCUACAUUAUAAGCUUAAUUUAUUUUUAUUAUAUUUACUACUGCUUCAAAAAUUAUCGAUUGAAGCAUCAUUAUUUGUGAACAGAACGUGUUUCUAAAAAUAUAGAAUAAUUUUUAAAGCUUUGUAUAUUUUUGCUAUUGUUACUAUAUUAAAAUACGUAAAAACCAUCUUUGUGUAAAAAAAUUAGUUAAAAUUCUUUAUAAAAGGUAUAUUUAAUUUAAACAUUUCCGUUCGAGUUACAGUUCUGAAGCUAUUUCUUUGUGGCAUUUUUGUAAUUAACUAUUCUAAUUGAGCAAUAAGUCACAAUUUAACUUGAAAAAAAUAAUGUUAUUAACGUUUCGACAUCCACAUCGGAUGUCGUUGUCAAAAUACAAAAUAUUAAUGGUUAGAAAUAGAAAGUUAAAAAUUUGACUGGUACUGAAUUUUAUCAAAGAAAAAAAUUUAUGUUAUACGAGAAUCAACAUAAAAAAAAUAAAUGAUGGAAAAUCGAUGUACUGAUAAUAAUUAUGUAAUUUUUACAUCGAGUGAAAAUCUAAAAUUUACAUGUUUAUAUGAAAUUAAGUGUGAUUUUUAAAAUAUUCCUAGAUUUAAAUAAUUGAUGGAUUCGACCGUUACUUGAUGGAAGUUCAUUUUAUCUCACAAUAAAACACUGAAAAUCGUUUGUUUUUCUAUACUUCCACAAAAUUUCUAUCUUCAGUUAAAGACUUAAAAAGGCAAACACAUUGUAAAAUAUAUCACUUGAGAAAGGCACUUUGCCGAAACAGCUGUAGUAAUAACAUAGUUGUAAUAAAUUUUGUGGAAGUAUAGAAAACCAAACGAUUUUCAGUGUUUUAUUGUGAGAUCCUAGAUUUAAUAUAUACAUUUAAACUUUCUACAACCGUGUAACAUUUAAAGGGUUUUCACCCCUAGAUGUUGGUCGCUCAAGCAUGUAAAACCUGUUACAUCACUGUAAAACGUUGUGUGAUGUAACCCGAAAGGGAUUUUUUUAAAUUAAAUAUACCUUUUAUAAAGGAUUUUAACUAUUUUUAUGUGAUUAAUGGUAUACAAACGACAAAGGGAAAUUAUUUUUCCUCGUGAAUCAAGUAUCACAUUUGUAGACUACACUAUUAAGUAGGAAGAAAGUCAGAACAUAGAAGACUGUUAAUAUAAUCUUUGGGGGCAAACAUAUGUUGCAAAACAAACUUAGAAAUGAAAAUAUCUCGAUUUUUUUUACUUUAUACCAAAUUUUAUUUGCUUGUAUAUAUUUAGUUAGUUUAAUUGUAAAUUUAAUAAUAAAUAAUAUCACAAGAAAUAUUGUAUCGAUGCUAUUUUUUGUUUAAAUAAUCAGAAAAGGUACUAAAUGUCACUGCCAGUAUAUGUAUCUCAAAUAUGGGUAUUUCAAAUGUAUAAACAUUUUCAAUUUAUUUGCAACACGAAAAUGCAGCAGCUGCAUAAUGCUCUGGUUAAAUCGGAGAGUGCAGGAAGAGUCUAUACCGGUUUCGGGGGUCUUUUCCCCCUCAUCAGUAGUCCCAUAUCCUCUUCUCUCCGAUUUCCGCAGGCAUCACACUUUGGGCCUUUUCGAAUUACAAAGAAAGAAUUGUCACGGAUCAACUAAAGCCAUCUACCGAAAAACAAAGUAAGUUAUCAAUCGAAGUAGCACAGAAAACGACAAUAAAUAUCGCUUCCAUGCCACCAGAUUGACAACAGGUGGAAUACUUUCUUUGGUUACAUCUCCUGAGAUUUCCAAAAUUCAUAACUAAAUUAAAAUUCAUGGUGACGUUUCAAUUAUUACUUUAAUCAUCGUCAGAAUAAUAAGUUUCUUGAGCGGAUGCUUUAAAAUAAUUUUAAAGGAACAAACAAUAAUUAAUGAAAACGUAAAAAUGACAUUGACAAUCAUUGGGUUAAGUUAUUAUUAUUAUUACCAAACUAUCAGUUAGCUAAAUAUCUUGUCCCACACCUUCAAAUACUGACUGAAAACGAAUUCACAGUAAAAGAUACAUUUUCAUUUGCGAAGGAAAUUACCAACCAAGACAGACACAAAGAUCGAAUUAUGGUCAGUUUCGACGUUGAAAGUCUGUUUACAAACGUUCCCUUAGAUGAAUCCAUCAACAUAAUAAUAAAUUCACUUUUUCCAAGUUCCAAUUCAAACUUUUUAGGAAUGAAGCAGUCAAAAUUUAAAGAUCUACUGACAUUAGCUGCCAAAGAAUGUCUAUUCAGUUUUGACGGAAAAGUGUAUAGACAAAUAGAUGGCGUUGCAAUGGGCUCUCCUUUAGGACCAGUUUUCGCGAAUACUUUUCUAUGUCACCAUGAGAAAACAUGGUUAGCUGACUGUCCAAUUGAUUUUAAGCCACUUCUUUAUAGACGAUACGUGGAUGAUAUUUUUCUCAUCUUCAAACAUACCGAUCACAUUCAACAUUUUUUAGAUUAUCUCAACCAGAAACACCACAAUAUGAAAUUUACUAGUGAAAUUGAAGUCAAUGGAAAUCUGCCCUUCUUAGGAAUUAACAUCUUCAGAUCACCUUCAAGUUUUUCCACUUCAAUAUAUAGAAAACCAACCUUCACCGGCCUGUAUAUAAACGCAGAUAGCUUCAUUCCCAACAAAUACAAAACAAGUUUAAUCAAUAUACUUGUUCACCGCGCUUUCACUAUCUGUUCAACCUGGCAAUUCCUACAUGAAGAGUUAGAAAACAUAAAGGUGAUCUUAAGUAAAAAUGGUUUUUCGUUGAACUUCUUAGAAAGAUACAUCAGACGUUUUUUCAAUAACAAAUUCCAACCAAACAGCAAAGUAGAAGAAAUCAAUGAAAAGAUCUAUAUCAAACUUUCAUAUACUGGUUACCACAGCUUACAAAUCCGACGCAACAUCCGUAGAACAAUUAAAAAAGCAUUUCCCUCUAUAGAAUUAAGAUUUGCUUUCACGAGUUUGGAAAGAAUAGGAUCUCGUUUCCAUGUAAAAGACAUGAUUCCUAGUGAUCUCGCAUCUAACAUUAUAUACCAAUUCAAAUGUAGUAGCUGUGCAGCUACGUACGUCGGGAAGACUCGACGUCACUUUAAUGUCAGAUGUUGCGAACACUUAGGUGUCACUCCUCACUUAGGAAGACGAUCAAGAACAAUUCCAAAUUCAGCGGUAUUCCAACAUAUGACUGAUUCUGACCACCCUGUUAGUCGUAAGGACUUCUCCAAUCAUUGGUCAUGCAAGUUCUCCAACGGAACUCAGCAUCAAGGAGGCAUUAUCCAUAUUUCUUUUGAAGCCACCCUUAAACAUGCAACAAGACAUGGCGUGUUUGAAAUUAUUGACUUAACCCAAUGAUUGUCAAUGUCAUUUUUACGUUUUCAUUAAUUAUUGUUUGUUCCUUUAAAAUUAUUUUAAAGCAUCCGCUCAAGAAACUUAUUAUUCUGACGAUGAUUAAAGUAAUAAUUAAAACGUCACCACGAAUUUUAAUUUAGUUAUGGGUUUUAUCUUUAAGUUUAUUAUUUUUAUCAAAUUUUCAAAAUUUAUAAAUCAUACAGGAUGCCGAGGAAAUUAAGAUGAGAGAAUUUUAAAUAAUUCACAACUCAUGUGUAUUUCACUUUGUUUCAAAUAAAAUGAAUGUUUUAAGCAAUCAAGAAGAUCUUUGGUAUUUCAUAUGUAUUUAUAAAGCUCAACAGUCCUUGAAGGCCUAGGGCCUUUAUAUAUUAUACAUUCAUCAUCACCACCCAUCAUUCCUUAACCUCUUGCAUCCACUGUUGGAUAUAGGUAUCCUCCUAUUCUCUAUCUUGUGCUUUCUAUGACCAAUUUCCCACUGUUAUUCUCAAGUCAUCCAUCCAUCGUUUUGGUGGUCUACCUCGGUGUCUUUUAUCUUCCCUAGGUCUCCAUUAUAUGAAUCUUUUGUGAUUAACUAUUUAUAUGGGAAAUAAGCCACAAUUAAAUUGAAAAAAAUAAUUUUAUUAACGUUUCGACGCCCAAAUCGGGUGUCGUUGUCAAAAUACAAAAUACUACUAAAUUAAACCAAAAUGUUGUUGCUAAGUAAAAAAUUCUUCUAAUAAUUUAUUUAAUCUGACUCAUUUAUAUUGGCAAUUCAGACGUAUAUUAUACAUUUUAAAGUAGAAGACUUUAAAAUAAUAUCGCCAAUAUUUAUGAGUUGCGUUCCUGGGACGACUUUACUGAAAGAUAGUUCAUUCGAUUACAUGAAAUCAACCCCAACUCAAGAAUAUCCGUCACAAAAAAAUCAUAACAUGUGAUCUGUCUUUAAAAAGACAACCAAAUGCAACGAUGACAGUAAAAUUCUCGCGUUAGAGAUUCCAUAGUAAAUCACGAGGGAAAACCAGGAAAAACCUCGUGAUACUAUCCCGACAUCGUAAGUAUUUGGUCUUACAUUUAGUUUACUCUCAAAAGUAAUAUUCAAAUAAUACUCAAAUUCCUUUUAGAAUAAUUCGCAUCUUGAUAAAUGCUGCCCAUCCCAAGACUAUAAGAUGCUCGAUCCUAAAAGUUUGAUACCUAAAAACCUGAUGUUUAGAAGAUGAUUUAGAACUUGGAAAUUGGUCAUGUAUUUUGUUUUUUUUUUUUAAGUUUAUGUUCAGGCCUACUGGUUCUACUGUCUGUUUUAGUUCUUUCAUCAUUUUGCGAGCUUCAUUUAAACUCUCGCGUAUAAAGACAAUGUCAUCUGCAAAGCGCAAGUGGUUUAGAUAUUCACCAUCAAUAUUUAUUCCCCUUUUAGCUCAAUCCAGUUUUUUAAAUGCAUUCAUAUACAUUAACAUUUCUUAUAGUCUUUCCAUACAUUUCUUAACCACUUCCUUCCAUUGAUUUAUGCCCAAUGCUUUUUCUUUUCAAUUCUCAAUACAAUAAAACCUCUGUUAACCGAAACGGCUGCCACUUUCAAUAAUUUCGUCAAUAAAAAGUAAAUUUUUAUCGCAAAACGGAAACAGUUCGAUGUUAAUUUGUCAACAUCGUCAACAUUGCUUUCAUACAGCUAAGGAACGCAAUUAAAUAUAAAACAAAACAUUGUUGUCAAAGUAAAACACAAAAGAAAAUAAAAGAUUUGUUUAAAAAAACACUUCAAACAUGUUCAUUUUCCUUAAUUUUACUGCUUUAUUCUGUAUUUACAUAGUAAAGCAAACAUUACGAAAUCACCUCAUAGUAUUUUUAAUACCUACUUUGACCAAGAACUAUGUAAUUUGAUACAAAAAACAAUGUUAUUUUUAACCGAAAUUCUUGUUAACCGAAACGGCCUCCCCCCAAUUAUUUGGGUUAACGGAGGUUUUACUUUAUUAUUUUUUUGCAACAACUCAUAUACACUGUCCUUCCACUGUCUCUUACUUGGUCUUACUUUUCUUCUUUUUUUUUGUAUUGGCUAUCGUAAUGGUACCAUUUUCAGUAUUAUUUCCUUUCAUACUUUUUCAAUGUGUCCUAAAUAUAGUAUUCUCUGUGAUCAUUUUGAUUACCACCGUUAUUUUUCGUUCGCCAUAUGCAUAGUUCUUCAAGUCCUUUAUUAUUCCUGCUUCUCCUUUGACCAUGUAUUAAAACAAUUUUAACUAUUUAGAAUGGGAAAUAAGCCACAAUAUUAUUAAAAAAUGAUUUUUAUUAACGUUUCGACGCCCAAAUCGGGUGCCGUUGUCAAAAUACAAAAUACUAUCAAUAGUAUUUUGUAUUUUGACAACGGCACCCGAUUUGGGCGUCGAAACGUUAAUAAAAAUCAUUUUUUAAUAAUAUUGUGGCUUCUUUCCCAUUAUAAAUAGUUAAAAUUGUAAAAAUGCCACAAGAAAAUAGCUUCAGAACAACAGUAUUAAAACAAGUAAUGCAUGUUACAGAAAUUUGAAUACUUAGACCAAUAAGUGGAGUAACAAAAAGGUAAAUAAUUUAUUUAUUUUUACCACCAUUUAAUACCAAGAUGAUAAAGCUUCGUGUAGGAUGCUGUCAAGUCUCAAGUAGGAGAGGUAGACAAGAUAUGGUAUAGACACAGUGAGACGCGACAUGUCUCUCAAGAAGAAUAAUAUUGGUAGAUACAAUAUAGCGACUUAUUUUGAAAUCUCUAGGGAAGCAAUAAUAGUCCUUAACUCUUGUACGCUGUAAAAAAAAAUAAAUAUAUAUUUAUUUUUAAAAUAUGAAGUUUUCGAUCCUAAUAGCAUUAUUAAUAAUAUUUAAAAAAUAUUAAAAUAUUACUAAAAGAUUUUUAAAUCGAAAACUUUUGGUCCAUUUCCUUGGUAACACCUCCAAGGCUUCAAAAAUUUGCAAGCCAAUUGGAUGCUGAAGCGAAGAAGACAAGAGGGAAUUCAAAAGACUUACAAUUCACGACCCCGUCUGUUCAGCUGGUAAAUUCCAACAGAAAAUGGACCUAGUUACUCGAAGUAGUCUUUACUCGAAAAAUAAAAUGAAAAUUUUAUUUUUAAUUCAGUUGCGAUGCGAAGGCAAAACAAUCUUACUUUUCAAUUAGAAUACGGAGCGCAGUCCAGUCCUCUGAAUCGCGAUUUUCGGCUCUUAUUGGAGCCUCAUCUGAGAGAACGUAGGCUUGUUCUCCAUAUUCCAAUUGAUCAGCACCGAGAGCUUCUCCCACCCAUCUUUUAAUUGCCAGAUGACGCUAGUCACCUAAUAUUUUCACCUCAGUUGCGAUGGGUGGGAGAAGCUCUCGGAGCUGAUCAAUUGGAAUAUGGAGAACAAGCUUACGUUCUCUCCGAUGAGGCUCCAAUAAGAGCCGAAAAUCACGAUUCAGAGGAGUGGACUGCGCUCCGUAUUCUAAUUGCAAAGUAAGAUUGUUUUGCCUUCGCAUCGCAACUGAAUUAAAAAUAAAAAUUUUAUUUUAUUUUAUUUAUUUUUAACUAUACAUCAUUAUUUAAAACUAUUGUUAAAAAAAGGUUUUUUAAACAAAAUCUUAGUAAUUUAUUAGAGCUUUUCUAUUUCUGAUCAUCAUUUUUUAAGUCCCCUAUAUUAUUUACAUAUACUUAAUUCAGAUUUGCUGGGCUUGGUAAAUAUUAAUGAUAUUCGAUAGGCCCUGAUCAACAUUUUUAAAGCCUUGCUCGAAUAUAGUAUCUGAUCUAUUAAUACUACUUUUUAUACUAUACAAAAGUAGCGUUAAGAGAUCUGUAUUAUAAAUAUAUUAUUAUUAAAGAAAUCGCUUUAGAUUUUUUACAGAAUUUUGUAAAAAAGACAAAAAACUAGUUAGUUGUAUACUUAGAAUGUUGUUUUAGUAGUAUUUUAUUGAUAUACCAGGGUCAUUUUAUUGAUGUAACACCGCCUUACAGCUCAACUCUUCCUCUCUCUAUCUCUCACCCACCACUUUCGCCUCGCUUCAUUGCUCAGUGUCGGUCUAGCAGCCUUUGAAGAUGGAGGUCCCGGUUACUAUUACUGCCAAUGUGAAAUUCAUGCUGUGAUAAGUUUAUUAAAUGCAAAAGUAUUUCACCUAUCGAUUCAUCGUCAGUUAAUCGAACUUUAUGGGUAAAAGUGCAUAUCGUCGCUUAUUUGCAAAAAGGGGCCAAGUAACAUUUUUAUAUUUUGACUAAGUGGAACUUAGCUCCUUUUUACACAACCAGUUUAAAAAAAUGUUACUUGGCACCAAAAAAUUAUGAGACUAUCUCAACAAUAAUAAGUAAUACACUUGACCCCUUUUUACAGAAUAGGUAGAACCUUCGUACCUAACAUUUUUUUCACAUGUCCCCUCUAUUGAAUAAAAUAUCACUUGGCACCUUUUUGCAAAUUAGCGACGAUAUCUGUUCAACAUGUUCACAAAUGGUGUAGUGUAGAGAAUUCAGUGAAGACUGAAUGGAAAUUAACGGUGAAUCUGAAGGCCUUCCGCUCCGAUCUUCAUCGUGAAUUUUUUGGUUGCGAAUAGGCAAAACAGAUAUGCACUUUCGCCCAUAAACUUCGAUUAACUGACGAUAAAAUGUCAACAGGUGAAAUCCAUUUUGCAUUAAGAAGACGUAUCAUAGCAUGAAUUUAACAUUGGCGGUAACAGUGACCGUGACCUCCAUCUUCGAAGGCGGCUAGGCCAACACUGAGCAAUGCAGCGGGGCGAAAGUGGUGGGGUGAGGGAGAGGAAGAGUUGGUGUGUAAGGCAGUGUUGCCAGAUGUCCCCAUUACGUCGCACUCUUUCUCAGCGAUAUAGGGGACCUUUUUUCACGAAAGACCCUCAUAUGUGAUGAUUUAAAUUUGAUAAUUUUUUGAAACAGUAGUAAUCUCUAAUGGUCAAUUCAAAAGAAAAGUGAUCUUUUGAUCGUGCACAUAUUCUUCUAAAGUGUCUCACUAGCUGUCUUUCCAUUAUUACUUUUAUGUAAGUGUACAAAGUUAGUUAUAAGAUAAAAAUUUGUUGCGGAAUACUUUUGUUAGUGUUAUUUUUUUAUGACGGAUUCUAGAAGGCGUAGGUUUACGAAGUUGUGCUUAGCUUGUAUAGAAAUGUUGAAAUAGGAGCUCAUUUUGAAACAAGAAAUAUUUGUAAUAGUGAUUCACGAACAUGUAUUCAUUUUUUUUUUUGAAGAUGGGAAUUAAAUCUAUUAAUCUAUUUAAUUGUUACUAGAAGCUAAACUGAUUACAAAGCUUCAGCAAUUAUUAGAAAAGAUGAACGAAAACCUGCUACGAAACAUUUGAAUAUUGUUCGAACUUUUUCUCGAAUCACUUGACAAUUGACAUUUCAAUUUGCAUUAAAUUUUAUAUUAUUUUUAAUUCAAUAGUACAUUAGUAGCUUAAAGAAUCAUCCAGAGUACAAUACAAGGUACUAUGCUGUUAUACGCAUUCAUAAGUUAGUACAUAGUACUUUUAGCAAAUGUGCUUUAGAAAACUUGCAAUCUUUUGCGAAAUAAACAAUCAUGAGUAAUUUCUUAAAUCUACCCUUCGAAGAACCGAAUUUGUAAGACUACAUAAGGUUUGACAGUACAUUUAUAAAUUUGUUAAACUAUUUAAAAUGAGCUGAAUUUGUUCAUACGUUAAAAUUCGAAUUCUGUUCUGAGUCCCUUAAGUACUAAAUUUUGUUUAUUUUUAUUUAAAGUAUAACUACGAAUCUGGGGGCUUUUAUUAGAUACAUCCAACGCCCGCCCCUUAGUGUCAACUUUUAUUCAUUUCCCUGGCUAUUAUUUGGAUAUCUUUGGUCAGUUGUGAGAGAUCGAUUUCUUAGUAUCUCCUACUGUCUCUACUAGUUUUUCUAAUAAAGCUAUGUAAAGGGAUUCUGGAUAUCGAUCUAGGCGAUUUUUUCAUCUAAUCUUUUAUUCUUCUUUCCUUGCUCGGGAUCGGCUUCUGCAAUUGUUUUACAAAUGUCCCAUUCCUCGCAAUUAAAACAUCUAUUUUUAUUUCGAGCUUUUGUUGAAGAUUUUGCAGUAUGUUUAAAAUUUGGGAUAAAAUAGAUUGUUGCUUAUCUGCGUGAGUUCUUCAUUUUCUCGAAAUCUUAUUUCUUUUAAUUUUGGGCUAAAUCUGGAAAUGCUUUUGGCCGCUUUCUACUACUGUAAUCAGAGAACUUGUAUUUCGACAACCUGUAGUACAUCUAUAGCUAUACCAAUUCGUUCUAGAAAAUCUUAAGGUGCCUGAGGGUACGCCAAAUGCUGCAAUCUUUUGAUAUCGGCUUCAAAUUCUUGCACACUUUCGUUGUUUUUGGUAUCGAACUUUUAGAUGACUUUAGAAACCUGGUUUAGAUGCUGCUGGCCAUAUACUGUCUCUAAAACUUGAACGAGAGAGGUAUAACUGUCCUCGAAGCGACACUACCAAUAAAGAUGACAUUUCUGUCUCAGUCCAACCAUUCGUUCUAGCUGCAGCUUCGAAUUGAAAACGUUCAACGAUGUAAGAUGAUGAAGCUGUGUGUUCAGAUUCGACAUUAGCUACCGAGACAAUGUUAGAUAAAAGAGCUUGGGUGUUAAUUUUUCUUUCUAACGCAACUUAUUGUCUUUCUAAAUUAGAUUUUAAAUCGUUUUCUUGUUGUUUUAAAACCUUUUGAUAUUCUUCUAAUUUGUGUAUUCUUCUAGUAAUUUGAAUUACAUCUAACUGAAAAUUUUCGUGAACAUGAGAUAAACCGCUUAUGGUUUAUAGCUAUACUUUUCUACGCAUCUCCUUCUAUUCAUCUUGUCUACGCUUCUCCUUCAGAUCUUCGUCUUAUUGUCCACUCUUCUCCUUCAUCUCCUUACGCUUCUCCUUUUCCUAUUUCUCUUUUUCUACGCUUCUCUUCUUUAAUUUUUAAAUACCAUGCUGAAAAAAUCCAAAUAAAAUGUAUGGAUGAGCGAAAGAAAAGCAGUACUAUCGAAAAUCAGCGAUGAAAGAAGGCAAGAAUAUAUUUUGGUUUGCAUUUGGUUGUCUUUUUAAAGACAGAUCACAUGCUAUGAUUUUUUGUGGCGGAUAUUCUUGAGUUUGGUUGAUUUCAUGUAAUCGAAUGAACUAUCUUUUAGUAAAGUCGUCCCAGGAACGCAACUCAUCAAUAUUGGCAAUAUCAUUUUAAAGUCUUCUACUUUAAAAUGUAUAAUACAUGUCUGAAUUGCCGAUAUAAAUGAGUCAGAUUAAAUAAAUUAUUAGAAGAAUAUUUUACUUAGCAACAACAUUUUUGUUUAAUUUAGUAUUAUUUUGUAUUUUGACAACGACACCCGACUUGGGCGUCGAAAUGUUAUAAAAUCAUUUUUUUGGUAAAAUUGUGGCUUAUUUCCCAUUCAAAAUAGUUGAUUAUAAACAUGCCACAAGGAAAUAGCUUCAGAACAACAUUAAGAAUAUGUUCAUACUGUACCUAUCUAUCGUAUCCACGAUUUCAGUAGUAAAGUAUUAACAUUGUUUAAAGUAUUACAUUGUUUAAAGUAUUACAUAAUACAUUAACAUCUAAAACUAUCGAUGAGUAAACAGGACAAAAAAGAUAAGUUUUUUAUAAUAACAACAAACAAUUUUAUUGUUAAUUGGUAUCAAAUGAUGCCUCUCAUAUGUUGAUAAAUUUUUAAUGUAAUAAAGUGAAUAAAAAGCUAAUAUUCUGUAAUAAUGUAAAACUUUGUCGCACAAAUGUAUCAAAUGAUAAGGAUUUAUUUUUUUAAAGCAAAAUGUAAAUUACUAGAUGAGUCAUUUCAGUAAAAAUAUUUAGAUAGUGAUACACAUUAAACCCCAAAAUGAUCUUUUGUUAUUUAUGUUAAAAAAUAAUGAUAUGUGAAUAAUAAAGAAUAUAAUUCAUGUUGUGAGGGCGGUCUAGUGUGAAAAAUUUUCUGAUUCAGUUUCUUUACGGAUUUUUGUUAAAAUUGUCCCCUUUCAACAAAUUGAAAGGAUAUUUUUGGACAAAAUUUGUUUGAGCAAUUUCUUAAGAAAAACUGAAGUUUCUCUUUUCAGAAAAAAAGAAAAUGUUUUCAUCAUGGGAGCGGCCUCACAGCAUGUACUAGAAUAGACGAACGGUAAUUCACCUAAUUUUUUUGUUAGGUUCUCCUGAACAAUUUAAUUUAAAAAAAAAAGAUAUAAAAUAAAUGUACUGAAAGCCAAUAAAUGUAUGCAUUUCUAAAACGGGGCGGGUGUUUUAAUAAAGUUGAUAGUUGUUACUUAAUUUAUGUCCUUUUUAGUUGUAAAUGCUCUACUUCUAUUUUGUUAAAAAAGAGCUUUUAGAAUUGCUGUCUAGAAACCAAAUUGUUGAUUGUAACUGUAAGACUUAUUUAUAUUUCUGCUCCCUUUUUAGGUUUAUAUCGCCAAUUGACUCUGCAGAUGAAUAUAUUUAAGAACCGAAAGUAUUUUUAGCUAUUUAGUAAAAAGUAUAUCUAAGAUGAAUAAGAAUAAAUAAUUGUUUUAAGUAAAUAA